CCAUCUGUGUUCCUUCUCAGUUCCCCCAUUUAUUGCUAAACCUUUCCUCUCCUGCAGCUGCUUCAUAGAACACUGUUACGGCCGUACCAUCAGUUAUUACCCGCCAAUUUUGUCAUUUGAAUUGUCUGCUGUUUAGCUUGUGGACAAUUCGUGGUGAUUAUGAUGGAGAGGUUUUCACAAAGAGAUAGCAUUCUCUUAGGCUACAGUCCUCAAAUUUCCUUCAUCAACUCCGGUUCUUCAACCAGAAGUUCCCACACAAACUCGGAUAUUGAUUUCCAUGAUGUGUUUGGUGGCCCGCCGAGGGGAUCAUCCAUUCAAGAGACGAGGUAUAGCUUCGGCGAUGUUGCAGUUACCAGUGCACCCAAGAGGGAGGAUGAUGAUGAUGAUGACAAUACAGGUUGGUCUGAGAAGCCGGUGUUCGGGGAAGAGUCUCAGAAUAGAAGGCGGCCUCACAGUGAUGACUUCUAUGAUGACAUAUUUAAAGGCAGCAAUUCAGUGAGUUCUAGUCCGAGGAGGCAUCAACGAGACCCUUAUGCUUCUUCACAAGGUUCUCGGGUUUUAAGUCCGGCACGGCCUUUGCCGCCUAGACCUGAAUCCUCUCUGGGUUCUUCACUGCCUGCCCAGUUCAGCCUCCCUGCCAAGUUGACCAAGGGGGUGGACUCUCCUCCAACAAUUGGUGCCAUUACUCGCACCACUUCACUUUCUAGAUUCUCAAGCCAAGCAUUCCAAAGUCCUGAAAACUUGAAAAGUGAUCUUCGGUCGUCAUCGCUUUGCAUGAGUCAUUUAUCUCAGGACUUUUCUGUUACCAUUGAAGGGUCCUCAAACGUGUCCAAGGAUGGGAAAGAUGAUACAGAGGGCAGCACUUUGGAACAGGAUUCUAAGAGUUCUGAAAGUCCAACUGGUAACAAUCUCUUUCAGUUUCAUUUCUCUAUAUACAAGUGGGCUAGCAAGCCAAUGGUAAUGCCUCUUAGGGGAAGGAGUGGUUCAAGAGUGCAAGCAACUAAAAAUGAGGAACAAUUAAACACUAGUGAAGAUACUGAUAACAAGAGUAUGGCAACGAAAUCACCUAUAUCCACUCUGCCUAGUAUUGAUUUCACCUCCAUUGAUCACCUGGUUGCAGAUUCUACAUCGUCUAAGUUGGAAAGCAAUCAACUAGAAAAUGAUGUGCUUCUUGAUAAAAGCACUCCCAAAACAGUAGAAGUACAGCCAAGUCGAUUCGUUGAGGAUACCAUUCUUCCUGUAGUUGAAUCUUCAGAAACUAUCAGUAGCCUUUAUACUGUCGAAGAUGUUGCUGGUGCUACCGCUUCAUGCCAGUGGCCAAAAGAAGAUACCUGCUCAUGCCAUUGGCCAAAACAAAACACCAUUUCAUGCCAGACUAGUGAAAAUAUAGAACCUCGUUCUUUGCUACAAAAAACUGGUGAAAAUCCACAGAAACAAGUUCACGCGCUCAUGGAACAGCUGCACAAACCUGAGAUGAAAUAUACUCAUUCUCUGUUUUUUGAUGAUGAUCUUAGACAAGGAACUAACGAGAUAAGUAAUUUGGCUGAUGAAAGGGAAAGCUCAGUCAUAGGCACCAAAAAAUCAUCUGUAGAUGUUGGUUCUAGUAGAAAAGUGAAAACUGAGAAUGGAAAAAGAAGUUCCUUGACUAAUGUUCAUGUCGAUAAAUCUGGUGUCCAAGGCUCGCCUCAAAAGUUGGGAGACAUUCUUGGAAGAAACAAAGUCAAGGGAACGGUUAAGGAUUUUGUUAAAAAGUUCGGCCAAGAAGCUUCGUCAAAACCCAAAGAUGGUGGUGACUUGGGAAGUCAACGCUUCAGACGGAAGGAAAAAAGUUCUAGUGAAUCAGGGAAUGAAGCAAGUUUAAGCACACCUAUAAUGCAUGACGAAUCACAGAAUUCUGAUGUGAAGAAAACAUUGCCAGAUGCUUCUUCCAUCAAGAUAAAAGAAGAUCUCAAAUGGUCAGAGAAGGAAGCUUCUGAAGAAAAGACUGCUAGGAGUGCUAGCAUUAUCCUUGAUAACGUUCCCAAGCCAAAUGUCUCAGCUUCAAAUACUGGAUCAAUUGCCAACUGCUCGAAGGCUAAUAUUGAAGAUGUGGAUGAGUCCUUCCAUGAGACUUUCCAGAUCAAAGAAUUAAUUCAAGAUGAGAAGACACCACCAGUAGUUGACAUUAAUCAUGAGGACUUACAGGUUAUUGAUGCUAAAAUACGAAAGUGGUCAAGUGGAAAGGAAGGAAACAUACGCUCACUGCUCUCUACUAUGCAACAUAUUGUUUGGCCUGGGAGCGGGUGGAAGCCUGUACCUCUAGUUGAUAUAAUCGAAGGAAAUGCUGUGAAAAGAUCAUAUCAAAGGGCUCUACUGUGUCUACACCCUGAUAAACUACAACAGAAAGGAGCUACUUCAGAACAAAAAUACAUCGCCGAAAAGGUUUUUGAUAUCUUGCAGGAAGCAUGGAAUCACUUUAACUCUCUUGGUCCACUAUGACCGUGUGAUGUUGAGUUGCAAUGACAGUUCAGAAUUGAAGUGCACCCACAUAACAUGAAGAUACAUUUUGAUUGCAGAAAUAUACAAAUUUUUGUUUUUACUGAGAUAAGAAAACAAUACCUUAUUGGAGCAGUCAGUUGGGCCAGCCCUUAAGUACGUGAGUCAGUUAUCCGUAAAAAAAAAAAAGGCCCAUCCAUUAAUUGUUUACAAUCAUAUCAUUGUGAAUUUGUGAUGUGCACAAGGGUCCCUCAACUUUGGAUU